CUGCGAGGGGGAACGAGACGGAAAAGAAGACCAAACCCUAAACCCCACGCCUGCCUGUCGCUUCGCUUCUCUUCGUCGGAGAUUCCUUUCUCCGUGGAGGCGGGCUGUGGCUGCCGCCGCCGCCGCUGCUUUCAGGGAGCAGUAUAUUUGGUCCGGAACAGAGAAGUUGUGAUUUUGUUUUCCAGAUAUUCCUCUGCUUUCAGAUUGAAGUGGAGGAGCUAACAUCGGGGCACAAUGUCGUCCAAUUGGCGAUCAUUGCAGCAUCGACAUCGGUACACGUAUACCUCAGUUGUGUUCCCCAAGCACUAUCUGGAAGCACUAUCCCUUGUGCCACCGGAGGUCUCCUCAUCCGAUUUCUUUGCCCAAUUGAACAAUUUGAUAUCCCUGCCCUCCACCUAUGCGCAAGUCAUCGUGGUCAAGGACUUUGCGUCUGCAUUUGUGCAGUUUCUUUCUGGUCCAGCGAUUCCUGACCAUGCGGUGCUUGUUGCUGUGAAGCUUUAUUUGGAGAUUCUCUUCUUUGAGAACUCCCUUCCUCUCCAUCGCACGGUAAUAUCUGUGCUUGCCAAGUGCAAGAAGUUUUCUACGGUGAUCAGUGGGUGCUUUACUUCGCUCUGUGAGGAGUAUGGUGGCUCUGGUGUCAAGGCAAAGAGUUUUUUGGUAUCUCGAGCGGCAUUAUCACUGAUUGGGUACCCAAAAUUGGGGUUUUUGAACGAGGCAGUUGAGGAAGCUUCGGAGAUCACAGCGUUGGAUGUGGUCGCUGGGCUUGAUGGUGUAAUUAGAGACAUAGCUGAUGGGUCCCGGCCAUCUCCGGUUGUGAUGGAGCAGUGCCAAGAGGCCAUGUCUUGCAUGUACUACUUGUUGCAGCGUUACCCUUCGAAGUUUACUGGACUGGACAAGGCAUCAAGUGUCUUCAAGAGUGCUGUUAGGACAAUACUGACUGUUCUAAAGUCAUCUGCCUUUUCGAGGGAUUGUCUGGUGGCCUCUGGAGUGAGCUUCUGUGCUGCGAUUCAGGUUUUCAUGAGUCCCGAGGAGAUUUCCUGGUUUAUUUCGCAAGGUCUCUUCGGUAUCUUUGUUGAUCAUGAAGAUAGAAGGGAUCUAUCUGCGCAUGUUGCACUUUCUGAUUUUGAUUUGAGUGAAGAAAUCAGAGAUCUCUCAGUUUUGAGUAGACUAUGUUUGCUUAGAGGGAUUUUGACAGCUAUUCCUAGGAAAGCACUCAAUGUGCGUCAGCUUCAUUCAGAUGGAUCUUUAUGGACUAUAUUGUAUGAUGGGAUUUUACCUGAGCUUUGCAAGCACUGUGAGAAUCCAAUUGAUAGGCACUUCAAUUUCCAUGCUCUUACAGUGACUCAAAUAUGUCUGCAGCAGAUAAAGUCUUCUGUUUCAGCUGAUUUUACUGACUUCUCUGGUGACUAUAAGCCUUUCUCAAGAGAUGUUAUCAACCGUUUAUUAAAAAUUAUAUGGAGCAACCUGGAAGAUCCUUUGAGUCAGACAGUAAAACAGGUGCAUCUCAUCUUUGAUCUCCUAUUAGAUAUUGAAGCAUGUGUUCCAUCGGAAGACCAAAACAACAAAUUGUUUCUGUGCAACAUUGCCAGUGAUUUACUUCGUCUAGGUCCACGGUGUAAAGGUAGAUACAUCCCUUUAGCUUCUUUAACAAAGCGAUUGGGUGCCAAAUCUCUUCUAAGCUUGAAAGCAGACCUCAUUCUAGAAACAGCUUAUGCUUACAUGGAUGAUGAUGUUUGUUGUGCUGCAACAUCGUUUUUAAAAUGCUUCCUUGAGACUUUAAGAGAUGAAUGCUGGGAUAGUGAUGGUGUUGAGGAAGGAUAUGAUGCCUUCAGAGCUUUGUGCUUGCCUCCUUUGAUGCGGGGACUAACAUUUGGAAAUUCAAAGCUGCGAUCUAAUUUAAAUACUUAUGCACUGCCGGCUGUUAUUGAAGUUGAUACAGAUAGUAUAUUUACAAUGCUUGGAUUCAUCUCUGUUGGCCCAAGUGCAAAGGCAACUAAAAUUGAUUUUGCUUUGAAAAGUGAUCAGUGCAUAGCUGCACUUGUUUCACUACUAAAGGUCUCCCGAAAUCUCGCACUUGUGGAAGGGGACAUUCAUUUGGACUCUAAUGAAUUGUCUCAGCAGGAGGGUAAGAAGGAUGCUGUAGCUAUAUCUGUUAAAGGGAUUGUUGUUACGGUGCCUGUUAAUUGGUUUGUUUUGGCUCUGACACACAGUGAUGAAACUAUCCGUAUAGAUGCUGCUGAAUCACUCUUCCUAAAUCCCAAGACAUCGAGUCUUCCAUCCUCCUUGGAACUAAGUUUGCUUAAAGAGGCAGUCCCGUUGAAUAUGCGUUGUAGCUCAACAGCAUUUCAAAUGAAAUGGACAGGUUUAUUUAGAAAGUUCUUUGCUCGGGUGCGGACAGCACUGGACAGACAGCUAAAGCAGGGGUCAUGGAUUCCAUCUCCAACUUCUAUUGUAAAAGAAGCUAAUCCUGUUGGUACUGCCAUAGUCAAGGACACUGUUGUGCAGAGAGCUGAGGAUCUCUUCCAAUUUAUGAAAUGGUUGGGCUCCUUUCUAUUUAACUCUUGUUAUCCCUCUGGUCCUUACGAAAGGAAAACUAUUGCAAUGGAGCUUAUUCUCAUACUGCUGGAUGUAUGGCCUAUUUGUCGCACUGAAGGGAAGAAGGAUCUUUAUCCUUAUAAUGACAGCAUAACAUUGCCAGAUUCAACAAUUUCAUUUGUAGGAUCUAUUAUUGAUAGCUGGGACAGGCUAAGGGAGAACUCUUUUCGCAUCCUGUUGCAGUUUCCGACUCCGCUUCCUGGAAUUUCUCUGACUACAUCCAUUGAUGAUGUGAUCAGAUGGGCAAAAGAACUCGUGCUAAGCCCACGGGUCCGGGAAAGUGAUGCUGGUGCACUAACCUUCCGACUUAUAUUUAGGAAGUAUGUUCUGGAGCUUGGAUGUAUUAUUGUGUUUUCUGAAGAAAAUGAUUGCCUUCAGUGUUACACGAAGUCUACAAAUGAAGAUACAGAAAUAAUUACCAGUCAAAAUCCAGUUGCGCAGUAUAUUUCAUCACUCCUUCAGUGGCUCUGUACUGUUGUGGAAGAGGGUGAGAGGGAUCUUUCUGAAGCAUGUAAGAAAAGCUUUGUUCAUGGAGUUCUUCUUACCUUGCGCUACACAUUCGAAGAGCUACACUGGAACUCUGCAGUGAUCCAAUCGUGUGUUUCUGAAAUGAGGCAUCUGGUAGGAAAACUUCUUCAACUCAUAAUGCGUAUAACUUCGCUGGCCCUUUGGGUGGUUUCUUCUGAUGCAUGGUAUAUGCCAUAUGAUAUGGAUGACAUGAUUGAUGAUGGUUCCUUCCUCUCGGAUAUAGUUGAUGAGGAUCAUUCUGAUACUGCUUCAGCAAUAGCAGAGAAGAACGCCAAAUCAGGAAAUGGUGGCAAACCGGCCGAACAUGUUAUUAUGGUUGGUUGCUGGCUUGCUAUGAAGGAGGUUAGUCUUCUUUUUGGAACCAUCGUCAGGAAAAUUCCAUUGCCUGUGUGCUCUCACUCAAAUUCGUCUCAGAGUGGAUUGCCUGACAAUAACGAGGAGACAAGCAUGUCUCCGGAGAUUCUUGAUGUGGAACAGUUAGAAAUGAUGGGUGAUCAUUUCUUGCAAGUUCUUCUUAAAAUGAAGCAUAAUGGGGCAAUUGAUAAGACAAGGGCUGGACUUACUGCCCUCUGCAACCGCCUUCUUUGUUCAAAUGAUUCAAGGCUAUGCAAAAUGACAGAAUCAUGGAUGGUGUUACUGAUGGAUAGGACAGUCGCUAAAGGGCAAACUGUAGAUGAUUUGCUAAGAAGAAGUGCAGGAAUCCCUGCUUCUUUUAUGGCCCUGUUUCUGGCAGAACCAGAAGGAACACCAAAGAAGCUACUUCCAAGGGCGCUAGAGUGGCUGAUAGAAUUUGCUAGAACAUCUUUAGCUAAUUUUCAGAAAGAUUGCAACCAGAAGUCUGAAGCAAUGAAAGAUUGUGUUGGAGUUUUCUGUGAGCCACAAUCAGGAAGUACCAUAAGUGUUCAUUCUAAUGGAACUUUGUCCAAAAGCCGAGAUGAGGGCGUCGUUCCUGCAGUGCAUGUAUUCAAUGUGCUUAGAGCUGCCUUUAAUGAUGCGAAUUUAGCAGCUGACACUUCUGGCUUCUGUGCCGAGGCAACAAUAGUUGCGGUACGUGCAUUUUCAUCUCCUUACUGGGAAGUGCGUAAUGCGGCUUGUCUUGCAUAUACUGCGCUGGUCCGCCGGAUGGUUGGGUUUCUGAAUGUGCAGAAACGUGAAUCAGCACGACGGUCAAUAACUGGCCUUGAAUUCUUCCACAGGUAUCCGGCACUUCAUCCUUUCCUUUCUAGUGAACUGAAAGUUGCAACAGAACAACUAGCUGAUGGGGUUUCCUGCAAUUUAGAAUCACAUAUCGCAAAAGCCAUACACCCCAGCCUGUGUCCUAUUCUAAUUCUUUUAUCAAGGCUGAAGCCAUCCCCUAUAAGCUGCGGAGCUGAUGAUCCUUUAGAUCCUUUUUUGCUUUUACCUUUUAUCCAGAAAUGUGCUACCCAGAGUAACUACCGGGUUCGUAUCCUUGCAUCAAGGGCCUUAAUUGGUUUGGUAUCUAAUGAGAGACUACAUCAUGUUGUUAGUCAUAUACUGGCUGAUUUACCUUCCAGAAGGGAAGCGCACAGUUCUCAGGGUUCUGUUUCUCCUGUAUCCGCUAAUGUGGAAAAUAGAAAUUCACCUCGGCCUGCGAAAUCUUCUUCAUUCAAUUCAACCCAUGGCCUUUUGCUGCAGCUGUGUUCUCUUCUCGAUAGCAACUUUAGAGGUUUGACAGACAGUAACAAGAAGGAUCAGAUUCUUGGCCAACUAAUUGAGGUUCUCUCAAAGUGCUAUUGGCUUGGCUGCCGUAAAUUAUGCACAUGCCCUGUUGUAAGUACAUCGUACUUGUCAGUGUUGGAUCGGAUGCUUGAUGUUGCAAGAACAGGGAAAAGCAAGCAUGCUGAUGUCAUCCAGACACUGCUGUUACAACUGAGUUCCCAGUGCCUGAACAAUGCAACAUCAACCCACUACACAUUCCAUGAUCCAACCCAGAUUGAACUUCAACAGCAAGCAGCUGCUUCAUAUUUCAGCUGUGUUGGCAUCCCCAAGCGACAUGAUGAAACUGCCGAGGAAGAUAUUCGAUUGCAAAUACUUGAUCAAAGGACUUCAAGCAUGUCUGAGAUGCCUUGUCAGGUCUCCCUUCCUGAGCUGCACAAGGAGAUUAUGUCCUGCCUUGCUGAUCCUAUAUAUGAUGUUAGAAUUACAGUGCUGAAAAGGAUCCUGCAGCUUGUGAAAUCCAUCAGAUCUGGUGAUGCUAUGAACAUCUUGCACCAAUGGGCAAGGGCUAAUCUGCACUCUGUGAUAAUGGAAAGGUUAUUUGCGGAAGAACACCCCAAAUGCAUUUAUUAUAGUCUGAAGAUCAUAUUGUCGUGGAACAUGGAAUGUCAGUUCAACAAUGGAGAAGAUUCUAACACCUUUUUAUGCAUCUGGGACAGAUUAAUUCAUUUGAACAGCAUUGUCUCACAUGCGAAAACCAGAGAAAUGAUUCUGUGUUGCAUGGGUAUGUGCAUGAAGCAGUUUGCUAAAUUGCUCAGGAAUGGUGUGUUACUGGAAGGUCUUCAAACCAAUGAACUCUCUACUUCAUCUGUCAGAAUCAACGAUGGUAAUAGAUUGUCUGCAGCCAUUACCAGCACAAACCUUUUUGUCAGUCUUGUUAAGAACCAAAGUGCACCGUCUGAAACUGUGAAUUCUCGAAGGGCUGCCGCUGAAGCAAUUAUUGCUUCGGGUCUUCUUGAAGAGGCAAACUUUGUGAAAGCAUCUGUGUCCAACGCAUACGUUCCUUCAGAACAUAAUGAAUGCCAUAUCGAGGAGAGAUGCUCGGAAGCUGACUUGGGUGAAGUUGUCAGUCUUUAUGCAUGCAAGAUACUUGACUUGUGGUUCAUAUGCAUCCAGUUGCUGGAGGAUGAGGAUGUUCAUCUUAGGCAAAAACUUGCUAAGAAUGUUCAGAAGAUAAUCGCAAAUGGGUCUGCUAAUAACCUAUGUGAUGAUUCCACACCACUGCAAGUGGAUAGAGUGAUCGAGUUGAGCUUCGAAUUUUUAACUUAUUUGUUUGGCCAUUGGCUGAAAUACAUUGAGUACUUAUUAAGGGUGGUUUUGAACACUUCCAACACUUUGAAUUCUCAUGGGGAUUUAGUCCGUCAGAUAUUCGAUAAAGAAAUCGAUAACCACCACGAGGAGAAGCUGCUGAUAUGUCAAAUCUCCUGCUCAAAUAUUCAGAAGCUUUUGGGGUCCGAGAAUCAGGUGACAACAAAAGGGAGAACUGAAUUGUUCUUGCAGAACUGGAGGGAGAACUUCUUGCACCAGCUCACAUCACUGACCAGCGGCUAUCUUGAAGAAGAUGGGAAAACCGAUUGGAUCGGCGGCAUCGGCAACCACAAAGAUGUGUUCCCAUCAGUGUAUGCAAAUCUGCUCGGCCUUUACACGCUAACUCAAUCAGGGUCGAUGGAACAACUGGAGGACAGGCAUAAGUUAUAUCUGCAAGAAUUUUCAGGUCUUGAAAGGUUCAUCACACCAUUCCUGAAAAAUCCCUUGAUCUUGAACCUUUAUUUGCUAGUGAAGAAAUCACAUGGGAUCAUUGGAUCCCCAAGCAAGCCAGAGGACCAAGUGGGGAGUUCAGCCUCAGAAAGUUUUGAUCCUUAUUUUCUUCUGAGGUGAUUUUUCGCAUGUACAAGUACUAUGGAGUAUGUCGUAAAACUAGUUGCAUCACGGCAUGUGAUUUAUUUGACAAUAUUGAGUUGUAUACUUGAAAGGAAACAAAUGUUAUAUAUUGGCCUGUGAUGUGUGAUCAGGGAUUGGCCCUUGUUCCAAAAAAUAAGUUGUUCAUUUUUUAAGUUCACAUUAUUAUUCUUCAUCUGAUGUGGAAAUAAAAUUCGAUAAUGGCUUUGGAUCA